UGGCAAUCACAAGUAUCAUGCGGAUGACUCAUCCUCACAUGCCUGGUAUCACGUGCUUAACUGCAGUAUUUCUUCACUUCCUAUGCAGCAAUAUGUUAACCUAUAGAAAAUGUACAAGUCUUCUAUGCCUUGUGUUCUUAUAACACGUACAAAAUUAGUAAACUCCUCCCAUCCCCUCCCGUGUGGUCGUAUAAGCUAAAAUUCCCUUCAGUACUGAGCAACUAAAACUCAAAAUAUAUUCUAAUCUAUGAGAGGACACUCUUCUGUGUAAUCUCGUGUUUCUUUUUACCAAUGUAUUCUAUCACCUUUUGGGGUUUAGGGCGAAGAACUGAAAGACAUCAAAGUUGAGGAUAAAGAAGAAGAAGAAGAAGAGAGGUUGGUGAGUGGAGAUCAGCAGUCUAUGGAGGAGGGGGAGAUGAAUAUGGAAAGUAAACAGGAGGAAUCUUCUCUACAUAAGGACACAACAGAUGACCAUAAUGUCCGGAAUACGUCUGAGGAAUCUUCUGAUAAAUCACAUACCAGGACUCUAAGAUUUCACAGUAGAAAUACUUUAAUAGAUCCGUCUAUUCCCGAGGAAUCUUCUUCAGGGCAGGAAGGAGAUCACACAGAAGAGAGGUCAUUGUCAUGUUCAGUGUGUGGGAAACUUUUCACAAAAAAGAGCAAAUUUCUUAGACACGAGAAAUAUCACACCGCUGAGCGUCCCUAUUCAUGUUCAGAGUGCGGGAAAUGUUACACUCAGAAAACAAAACUUUCUAUACAUCAAAGAAGUCACACGGGGGAGCGUCCUUAUUCAUGUUCAGAGUGCGAGAAAUGUUUCACUGUGAAAGGAAAACUUCUUAGACACCAAAAACUUCACACAGGGGAGAGUCCCCAUUCAUGUUCAGAGUGCGGGAAGUGUUUCACCACAAAACAUUACCUUCAUAUACAUCAGAGGAUUCACACAGGUGUACGUCCCUUUCCAUGCUCAGAAUGCGGGAAAUCUUUCACUAGCAAGCAAAAUCUACUUUCACACCAGAACAGUCACACGGGUGAGCAUCCCUUCUCAUGUUCAGAGUGCGGGAAAGGUUUCACUCUGAAAGGAAAGCUUGUUAUACAUCAGAGAAUUCACACAGGUGUGCGUCCCUAUUCAUGUUCAGAGUGUGGGAAAUGUUUCUUUCGGAAAGAUGAGCUACUUCAACAUCUUAGAAUGCACACGGGUGAACGUCCCUUUCCAUGUUCAGAGUGCGGGAAAUGUUUCACUGAGAAAAAAAUUCUUCUUAGACACCAAAGAAUUCACACAGGAGAGGGCUCUUAUUCAUGUUCAGAGUGCAGGAAAUGUUUCUCUGACAAACGAAAUCUUAUUGCACACCAGACAUGUCACACGGGUGAGUUUCCCUAUUCAUGCUCAGAGUGCGGGAAAGGUUUAGCUAAUAAAAGAAAUCUUAUUAGACACCAGAAGCUUCACACGGGUGAGCGUCCCUAUUCAUGCUCAGAGUGCGGGAAAGGUUUCAUUAGAAAAGAUAAACUUCUUGUACACCAGAGAGAUCACACGGGUGAGCGUCCUUAUUCGUGUCCGGAGUGUGGGAAAUGUUUUAAAUGGAAAUUUUCAUUCGAUGAACACCAGAAGACUCACACGGGUGAUCGUCCCUAUUCAUGUUCAGAGUGCGGGAAAUCUUUCUCACAGAAAGGAACCCUUGUAAAUCACCAGAGAAUUCACAAGGGUGAGCGUCCUUAUUCAUGUUCAGAGUGCGGGAAAUCUUUCACGACGAAUGGAAACCUUGUGCACCAUCAGAGAAUUCACACAGGUGAGCGUCCUUAUUCAUGUUCAGAGUGCGGGAAAUCUUUCAAGUCGAACGAAAACCUUGUGCACCACCAGAGAAUUCACACAGGUGAGCGUCCUUAUUCAUGUUCAGAGUGCGGGAAAUCUUUCUCACAGAAAGGACCCCUUGUAAAUCACCAGAGAAUUCACAAGGGUGAGCGUCCUUAUUCAUGUUCAAAGUGCGGGAAAUCUUUCAUGACGAAUGGAAACCUUGUGCAACACCAGAGAACUCACACGAGAUAACGACCUUUCUCAUGAUAACAGUGGUGUGUUGGGGGAGGGGCGGAAUAUAUUGAAUGUUUUUCAGGUUCGGUUUGAUAGAUCUGAGUCUGCAGGGAUUGAAUUCUAGUAAUAUGAUCCUCUAAACAUACAGAGAUGACUCGGUCCCGCACUCACACAGACUGCACCAUACAACUAAACUGUGCCAAUACAUGGCCAGAUAUGACAAUACAUGGACAACACUUCUUAUUGGUUGAUAUCGGUUUCUGUACAUUAUUUGUUCUUGUUAUGUUUUACUGAAGAAGCAGGCUUCUCAUUGGUCAAACAAAUAUUUCAUUAUUUUGUUUUGUUUAUUAUCUUGAAUUAUACAUGUUUUGAUUUAGAUUCUAGCUUAUUUUUUUUAUUGUUUAAUAACCACUUGAAGACCGUCGCACCCCAGUUGAUGUCUUUUUAGACGAAACGCGUCGGGACCGCACGCCAGCACCAGCUGCCUAUACCACGCAUACAUUUAUCAUUUACAUACAUUUAACAUUUACCCUCUCUCUGUUUUCUGUUCAUUUCGGAUGAAUUUUUAUAUAUUUUAAAUGUUUGUAUUUUUAUAUUUUUUUGAUCAUCGUUUUUACAUUGGAGUGUUUGUUUUGAAUAAAGCUUGUCAGCUUUUUUUGGAUUUACA